UCAAUGUGACGCAUCGCUUCUGGCACCAAAAUGUCACCGGGAUGUAGAGUUUCAGUGGAGGAGAUCCAGUCCUGGUGGGAAGUCCCCGCCAUUGCCCACUUCUGCUCGCUGUUCAGGACGGCGUUCCGCCUUCCAGACUUCGAAAUCGAGGAGCUGGAGAAGGCGGUGUCCGAACAGGACUUGGACUUUCUCGGGCACCUCGUCACCCGUCUGUUGCAGGGAUGCUACCAGCGCACUGACAUCACCCCCCAGACGUUCAGCGGUUACCUGGACGACAUCAUCAGCUACCGCUGGGAGCUGGAGGAGGGGAAGCCCAACCCUCUCCGGGAGGGGCCCUUCGAGACCCUGCUGCCUCGCACUCAGGUGGAGCUGCUGCAUCGACUCUGCGACUACCGGCUGGAUGCUGCCGACGUCUUCGACCUGCUCAAGGGUCUAGAUGCAGACAGCCUGAGGGUGGAGCCCCUGGGGCAGGACGGGGAGGGAGCCCUCUACUGGUAUUUUUAUGGCACCCGAAUGUACAAGGAGGAGCCAGUGAGAAGGAAUGAAGACCAGCUGAGUGAAUCUGAUCUCUCAAAGAAAAAGGGAAGACCCUCAAAAAAGAGAAAGUUUGAGGACUUUCAGUUAAGUGAGACGGAGAGUGAAGAUGCGGAGGACAAGUCAGAAAAUGGCCUGGAUGACUUUCCACCGAGUCCAGCUGGAGAAAGAGGCGCUUGGUCCCUGGUGUGCGAUACGGAGGAGCAGUGGAUGGAGCUGGCAGAAAGCCUGAAGGACAAAACGUCCCCGCAGGACCGACACCUCCACCGUGUCAUCAGCCAAAACUUCCUGCCUGAGAUCAGCAGCAUGAUCGAGCACAAGGAACAGGAGCAGAAGCAGAAACUGCUGGAUCCAUCUCCAGUUCGCAUAUCGCAGCGGUUCUCUGAAAUCCCCUUCAAACAGGAGGAGGAGAGUGUCGGGGUCGUCUCUGACGACAGGAAGAAGGACGAGGAGCUGGAGCGGCAGGUGAUGCUGGCCGAGCAGCGGCGAGAGGAGGAGCGGAUCCUCCAGGAGGAACGUCAGAGGGAGAAGCUGGAGAAGAUCAAAGCUGUCGAGGAUCGAGCAAAGAGGCGCAAGAUGCGCGAGGAAAAGGCCUGGUUGCUUUCUCAGGGAAAAGAGCUGCCGCCGGAGCUCCUGAACCUGGAGCCGUCGUCGCCCGUCGCCAGGAGAUGCAAGAAUAAAGAAUUCUAUGACAUUGACGAUGACUACACAGCUCUUUACAAAGUGCUGGAGGCUCUAAAAGCUCAUAAAGACUCUUGGCCCUUCCUGGAGCCGGUUGACGACUCCUAUGCCCCCAAUUACCACGAGAUCAUCCAGACUCCCAUGGACCUGUCCACCAUCGAGAGGAAGCUGAACGACGGCAAAUACGUCACCAAAGAGGAGUUUGUGGCCGAUGUGAAGCUCAUGUUUGAAAACUGCGUUGAAUACAACGGAGAAGACAGCGAGUACACCAUCAUGGCGGAGUCCCUGGAGCGGUGUUUCUCUCGCGCCUUACUCAAACACUUUCCAUCGGAGGACUGCGACACGGACGAAGAAUUCCACGUCAGCCGAGAGGAAAAAGAACGCAAGGACAAAAAGCGUAACCGUGGCAACAAACACUCUGGACCCGAGAGUUUGAUCAGAGCCACAGAGCAAGCCCAGCGGAAGAGGAACGCCCCGUCGGAGGAAGACGACUACCGGAGGGCCAAUGGUCCCAGUUACCCUCUGAACCAGCCAACCAGGCAGCAGCUCCCCAGAGGGAUGUACCACCCAGGCCAGCAGUUUCACCAUCCAGCCGGUCCUCACGGUCCUCACAUGUACGGCCAGAGAAUGACCAUGGAUCCUCGGUUCACAUACCCGGUUCAUAUUCCUAGACACGGAGACCCCAACCUGAACCACAUGCCUCAGAGCUUCAACAUGCAGCAUCACAUGGGUCCCAGGUAUCCCAUGGGUCCAAACCAGCAGCAACACUCUUACAUGGGUCCGGCCUCGUUGGGCCCGCGACCUAUCGCCCUUCAGCCUGGACCCCCUCCUGAAGCCAGCAUGUACCCGUCCCACCACUAUCCAGAGGGCCACCCCAUGCACCCCAUGGCCAACAGACUAUCGGGGCCUGAAGGCCCGUCCCAGCACAGCUACGCUGGCUUGAGGCCCGGAAUGGGCAUGCCGAACAUGUGGCCUGCUCGCAAUCACCAGGGCCCGGACCGGCUGAACGGGAUGGGGAUGCAGGACCCCAACCUGAUGAACCAGCGCAAUUUCACCUAUGGUGGACUCCCCCCUCCAGCCAGGCAAAAACCGUGGCCCGAAGCCGCCGGAUACCCCCAUCCCUCCUCCAGCGCCCAGUAUCAAAUGUCUGGAGCGGCCAGCGCCAUUUCCUCGCACCCCCCCGUCCCCCAUCCCGACUCCGCUGGCCGGACACGCCUGUCGUCUAUGCUGGAGAGCCCGGAGAUGCUGGCUAUGCAGCAGCUGUCGGCCUCCUCUGGACCCCCCGCUGGUGCCCCUCAGCAGCACAGAGGCAGCUUCCAGCAGCCGGGGCCCCCGUCAGGAGCUGGCAGCAUCCCAGCAAAACAGCCCCCCCCCACCCCUGAGGUUCAGCUGCUGCACCCAGCCCGAAACAAAGGGCCAGACAGCCAGCCUCCUCAGCCCGCAGACCCCAAAGAUCCGUCUCUGGAGGGAAACAUGGCCGCCAACAGCAUCUUUGAAAAUGGUUCACUGCAGAAAAACUCCUUUCCCAUCAAUCAGGGGCCCCCGUUCAUGCUCAGCCCCCCACAGCAGCACACAGCGGGGGGCGUUCACAGCCCGCCGGCCGUGAACGCCGGCAGGUCAAAGGAGGACUUCUCCAGGCUGGGACUCGCACAGACGUCACCUGAGAGAGUGGACGAGCGCUCCGUCGGCGUCUUUCCCGCCGCCGCCUCUGGUCCAAAUGAGCUGAAUCCACUUAACCUCCCUGAUGGAAGCCCGCAGCAGAAGAGCCCGGCAGAACUCCCACAGAACCUGCCGCCGGUCCUCCUUUCUCCGCCCCAAAACGCUGGACCGCUCGUCGUGGAGGGCGCAGAGAAUGAGCGUCAGGAGACGAUUCUGCCUCCACGCCACUUUGAAGGCUCCGCCCAGCCGAUGGCGCCGAACUCGGAGCAUCUCAAGACGCUGGUACCGCCUCAUCACAUGCCCCUCAGGAUCUCCCCACAGGCCCCCCCGGACAGCAGCCCCAUGCACCAGAGCCAGCAGUGCGUCUCCUCUCGGUUCUGACGGCGCCGCUCUGGUAUCACCGGGUCAUGUGACGGAGGCAGGACCGCUUUCUGGCGGGACGGAUGAGGGCAAGUGUGAAAGCGGGGGCUUCCCCGGUGCAGGGGACCCCAACAAUCCGCCCAAACCGGCCGAGAGCUCGGAGCAACCCGAGAGCCCGAAGGAGCUCCUCGACCUGGACAGCCACAACGCGCUGGCUCGCCAUCGGAGCGUGCAGCUGCAGCCGGCGGCGCCAGGCGCCCGCCUGCCCCCCGGGUUCAUGUAUGACCCCCGAUCCCUGCACCCGGGCAUGCAGCAGGGAGGCAGAAACUCGUACCCCGGCCAGCCGUACCCCGACCCCGGACGCUUCGCCGCGCAGAGGCCCCUCCCACAUCUGAUGGAAGCUCUACAGCGGCCGCAGCAGCUGCCUUACUCCCCAGGCCAGGCGCGCAUGGCCGUGUACAGACACGUCCGGCCUGGGGGGCACUUUCAGGGAAUGAUGGUCCCGCAGAGAGGACAAGGACCGGAGCGCUUCGUCCACCCGGGACAGCAGAUCAUGACGGCUCCGGGCAGUCCUGGAAGUAAACAGAUGUUAUGAAGGAAAACAUCAGAAUGCGUCAUAAGAUGUCCUGGAAAUGCGAAGAGUUUUACUGACCGAACGACUUAAACCACUUCCCGCCGUCGAAUGAAAACGGCGGUCAUUUCCCGCUCCUGCUUCCAGGCGCCACGCUGUGAAGCUCCGUGGAGCUGAAGGGAAUCCGACCCUCGCUUCGUCUUCCUGGAGGGAAACUCUCAACCACUAGGUCAACCUGUCGAGCACGGGGGGGGGGGCUGCCUUUGCAAACACUGGAUGUACGAACUGAGAAACAAUCGGAGCUGAGCUACUGACUGAACUGUGACCAAGAAGAAAAGGGACUGCUGGUUUCACCGCCAUCUUUUAUUCCGACCAUAUCUCGUAAACUCAGGUGUAGAAGAGGAGGUUCUCCGGAGCCGCGCGCCUUUGUUUGUCCAUGAUGAAUGUAUGCGUGAACGUGCAGACGCUGCUGCACAGCCGAUCUGAGGACCGAAGCGUUCCUCUCCACCCCAACUCUACAAACAUCAACCAGAAUAUGCAUCUUUCAGAGCGGCCUUCACUUCCACGAUUGUCUCUGCAGAGUCUGUUAUGCACUACUGACUCUCUCUCUUCAGUCCUACGAAAACUGAGUGGCCUUCGCUAGCGCAACGCUAGCCGUCGCAUCUGAACGCAGAAACGUUCACUCCCCGGUACAGAGACGGAAAUGCGCCGACGCCGACGUGUUCCACUCUGCUGUUCCUUUAGGGCCGUCUUCCACGUCGCUGAAUGUUUCCUCCUAAUGUCAAUACUAAAGUUAUCCUCAGGGUGUACAGAUUAUAAAUAUACGGGUAUUGUUGUAAAAAAAAAAAAUGAAAAAAAAAGAUUUGAAGGUGCGGCUGAUUGGAUUGUACAUAAAGUUUGACUGUUAACUGGAAAAAUGAAAUCUGCAAUUUUCACACAUUUGUUUUUUGUUGUAAUCCUAUCAGAAAUGAAUUUUGAAAAGCUGUUUUUUAACAAAACUUUAGUGAUCGACGACCCUGCAGGUGAAGUUCAGCAGCAAACAGAAUGAAAACGUGAAUCUACCUCAGAUAGCCGCUCUGUGGCUUCUUUAGAGUCCUUCUGUCGCGCCGGAGAUGUUCAGGACAUAGAAAUAAUAGUUUUAGGAUUCUGGCGGUUUGUGCAGCUCUGGAGCCGACGGAGCUUAUGAAAAUCUGUAAAGAAGUCGGACUUCAGAUCUCCAAAUCGAAGUGUUUUGUCUUCAUGUAUUUGAAUGGAGUUUCCUAUUAAUCAAAUAGAUUAGAUUAGAAGAGGACCGUCGGUCUGGGGUCUGCAGCCAACCAAAAACAGGUUCAAAACUAUUUUAGAGGCUGUGGGACUUUUUCAUUAGAAAACGUGAGUGAGUCAAAUGGAGCCACAGAGGAGGUAGUCUUCAUUAUUGCUGUUUAAUGUAUGAAGGGCUUAAACAUCUGAUUGGGAUUUCAAUCUGUUGUACACAACUGUCUCUCUGUGAAAGUGUGUUUGUUGUGUAGAACCUGAAGACUGGAAACCAGGAUUCCGGUCUUUUCUCUGCUGUUUUCUCUGCUGCACUAGUGAAAACCAUUUAGACGUGAAUAAAUGUGAAUCAUAUUUAUUUGUUUUUUUUUUCAGGAAUUUUUGUAAAAAAAUUUUAGACUUGUUUUAAUAUAAAUGUGGCGUCUCCUUUUUUUUUCUUGUUUUUAAGCGGCUGCCCUUUACCUCAGUAGCAUGGUGACAUUGAGAGGAAGGGGCGGGGCUUCAUUUUGUUUACAUGUUCUUAUCUGACAGAUUAUUUUCAAAAUGGAAUGGAGUAUUUUCUAUACUGUUUUAGAAAUAAAUCAUUUUUCCUAAACUGCA